AUGGCUUUCCAAUGUACAAUCUGCUCGAAAACGUUUCCUACUCGCCGCAGGUACUGUACACAUGCACGUGAACACAAGCAUCCGCAAGUCGUCGCUCCAAGAUCAAGACUGUACUACCAUCCACGAAUCAAUGGUCGACCAUGCAACAUACUUGGUGCUUUCCUGCCGAAAGGAGCUCCUCCGCCCCCUCGCGAACCUUUGGACGGCUUUGCGCCGUUCCAGGACCGCCCGUCAUUCGAGUUUGCUGAGCUAAUCUUUGAAAAGAUGCUCUGCUCGAGGGACGACGUUGACCAGCUGCUGCGCAUCUGGUCGGCCAAGAACCUCGUCGACAAUACUGGAACAGAGCCAGUGUUUGAUGCCCACCAGGACAUGCUCAACACCAUCGACGCGAUACCGUGGGGCGAUGCACCAUGGUAUUCAUUCAGGAUACGCUGGAACGGCCCUAUCACACCGACUUCCCCAGCUUGGAAACGCGCCGAGUACGUUGUUCACGCGCAGAAUCCAUUGCAGGUGUUUGAGAACAUGCUCGACGAUGGCGAGUUCGCAAACAAGUUCCACCCUUCCGCCUACCAGGAGUUCACAACUAUUGGUGGGCGACGUUACUCCCACUUCAUGUCCGGUCAAUGGGCCUGGAAAGAAUCGGAUAAAAUUGCCGCCGACCCAUCGACACACGGAUCAAUGCUUGCAACCGUGAUCUCCGGAGCUGAUAAGACCACUGUGUCUGUUGCCACGGGCAAUCAAGAGUUCCAUCCAGUCUAUGCGUCACUCGGCGUCUUCCAUAGCGAUGUACGGCGCGGUCAUCAGAACGCCGUGCUACCGAUUGCGUUCUUGGCCAUUCCCAAAGGCUCAAGUGAGGACGAGAACGACCCGGAUUUCCGCAUCUUCAAGAAGCAGAUCUACCAUGCUGCACUCGCUCACAUAUUUGACCCCUUGAAGCCACACAUGACGACACCACGCAUCACUCGCUGCCCCGACGGCCACUACCGCAAAGUUAUCUACUCGCUUGGACCGUUCAUGGCCGACUAUCCGGAGCAAGUAUAUCUGUCCGGCGUCGUCCAGGGAUGCUGUCCGAAAUGCUUUGCACCGACAGACUCGCUCGAAGCAGGGCAGCGACGAUCUCGCGAGGUCAUGCAGACCAUCAAGGCGACGUAUUCCCACGAUGCAGCCGUUCUAUGGGACGCGUUUGGAAUUGCUCCCGGCGUAAUUCCUUACACAGAUCACUUUCCACGUGCUGACAUCUAUGAAGCUCUGUCGCCAGAUCUUCUGCAUCAAGUCAUCAAAGGUACAUUCAAAGACCACCUGGUUGAAUGGGUCCUCGUGUACAUCAAGACGCAUCACUCGGCGCACGAUGCGAAUGCUAUCAUAGCAGAUCUAGACCGCCGGCUUCGAUCCGUCCCCGCAUUUCCUGGUCUUCGCCGCUUCAAAGAAGGGCGGAACUUCAAACAGUGGACUGGAGACGAUUCAAAGGCCCUGAUGAAGAUAUUCAUUCCAGCGAUCACAGGCCUAGUCCCUGACCGCGUUGUGCAAUGUGUAUCUGCAUUUCUCGACUUCUGCUACAUCGCACGCCGAUCAUCGCACAACAACGAGUCUCUGCAGGAGAUGGAGGACAAGCUAGCCGAGUUUCAUGAGCUACGGACUGUCUUCCGGGAUGAGGACGUACGGGAUGGGUUUGCGUUACCGCGCCAGCAUGCACUGGCACAUCUGGUGCGCGGUAUUCGUCUUUAUGGGUCGCCAAAUGGACUCUGCACGUCAAUCACUGAGUCGAAGCACAUCCGAGCCGUCAAACGGCCAUGGCGCGCUACGAAUAAGAAUAACCCAUUGAUUCAGAUCCUCAAGAUCAAUUCACGGCUCAACAAGCUGGCGGCCGCCCGUUCGGUUUUUGGCAGCCACGGGAUGCUUCGUUAUGACCUCUUCGAGGACGACUUGCCUGAUGCGGACAUGGAUGGCGGCGACCGUAACCGUGAUGCUGAGCGCGAGGAACUCAAUGCCGAAAACGAACACUUCCAAGACAUUGAUGGAGUAGACGGCGACCCCGAGCCGGUCUCUGUUGUUCUGGCAAAGACACCUGGCCUGCUUCCGGAUCUCAUUCGCCGCCUCCUGUAUGAUCAGCUGAACCCCGCCGAGGACUACGAUUCCGAAUCAGAAGCAGAAGAGGUCGACAUCAACGACUGUCCCCCGUUCCACGGCCACGUCGCUCUCUAUCACAGUGCGCGCGCGUUCUACUAUGCACCCAGUGAACUCUGCGGUCCGGGCGGCAUGCACAGCGAGAUGAUUCGCAGCCAUCCUAACUGGUACGGCACAGGUGAACGGCGGGAUACCGUUCUUGUUCAGGACGGAUCAGAUGAAGGUGUCAUGGGAGGGAUGCUCAUUGGGCGAGUGCUUGCUUUCCUCUCGUUUUCCCAUAACGCAGUCACUUAUCCGUGUGCUUUGGUCGAGUGGUUUUUUCCUGUCGGUGACGCGCCUGAUCCCAUUACGGGUAUGUGGGUUGUAGAACCUAAACUAAUUGAUGGAGAACGCGACGUUGGACUAGUUCACACCGACUGUAUUGUUCGAGCAUGCCAUCUAGCACCUGUUUAUGGACCAGCUCCUUUGCCCAUUGAUUUCGACUUUUCGUACGCACACGUAGCUUUUGAUUCUUUCUACUACAGCAAGCAUGUAGAUUACCAUACACAUGAAUGUUACCCACUAACAUAG